AUGGCCCAUAAAGAAUGGAGAACCCGGAAUGGAUGUGGAAAACCUGGAAUAUCCACCUACAUUUUAUGGUGGAUGUGGAAAACCCGGAAUGGAUGGUUGUUCAAAAAGGAAUGGUGCAAUGAGUUGUCAGUAGUAAAUAAGGCAUAUAAAGAAUGGAGAGAAUAUGAUCUCUACACUAGGCCCAUAAAGGAGAUAGAUAAGGCUCGGGUAGCUGUGGAGUCAAUCACUGGAGAGACACAAGGAGUAGGGGAGCAGAGUGAUGCUCUCAGUGCUAAUGUGGUCUCAAAUGCAGU